CCCCGAGCCCUCCGGAGGCUGGCGUGGCAGGUUCUGGCGCAAAAGAGUUGAAGGUUUCUCAAAUAAACCUUCCAGCAAAUUUAAAAAAGAAAUAGACCCAACCCAGUGAAGCGAAGUUUAUCCUGUUGAACAAAAAAGAUGUCUAGUGGUUCGAGUGAAAUUGAUGUGAUAAGAACACGGAUACCUAUUUAUGACGAUGAUGAGAAUACUAUCCUUUAUGCAUAUGAACCAAACACCGCAAACAAAAAAGAAAAUACUAUCUCUGACACACCCACCAAUGAAGAGGAGCAAAAAACAACAGUUCAGGAUGUUCUUACUCACUGCCAGGUCAUACAUGAUGCUAUUCAAAACCUGGAUAAGAAGUUUGAUGUGAUUCAUGGAAAGGUUUCAAAAAUUCAACGUUUUCGUGCAAAAUCAAUUUGGCAGUAUCGUAGACCAUUUGGAUAUACAUACAAAAAUUAUAACUACCUACUUUCUAAAAAACUCAAAGAGCAGAAAAUGAAGAAAAACGGGCCUCCUGCUGUAUUCAACUACCCUGAAAGUUAUAGCCCGACUUUACCAGUGGAAAGGCCAGAAAGUAAUUCCCACCCCAACUAUGAAGGAGCAUCUUUUCCAUCAGAUAUACCAACUGAAGUAGAGCAGCCGCUGUAUGCGGAUCAGGAUCAGGAUCGAGACCUCAUGGAGAGUACACCAGCUCCCUCAGUCUUCUCCACACGGUCACGUUAUACACCAGAUGACCCAGUGCCUGGUCCUUCUGCAGCACCUUGCUUUUCCAGCCCAACGGUGCCCAGCACCGGCAAUAUCUUCUCACCUUCAAGACCUUCUGUACAUGUACCUGCCUCGGUGCUGACCCAGGGAGAACCCAGCCCGCAAAGCCACCCUGAGAUGAUGGAUUACCCAGACAUAAUGGAGAAUGAGAAUCUUGGCCAACGUAGUCUGUGCAUCCCUUCUGGUUUUGCUACAAGCUCACCAAUAAGAUCUGACUUCAGUGGCCCGAAACAAACCUACUUCAAGGACCCUUCAAGCUGGUCUGUGGAUGAUGUGAUACAGUUUAUGAAAUAUACAGAUCCUCCAUUAUCAUUAUUCCUCGCCGAGGUCUUCAGGCAGCAUGAUAUCGAUGGGAAAGCUCUGCUGCUCCUGAAGAGUGACACAAUGAUGAAGUACAUGGGGCUAAAGCUGGGCACCGUCGUGAAACUCUGCCACUACAUUGCAAGACUUAAGCAAGACAAUUACCUCAAGCAUUAA